CACACCAACUUCUUUGACUGAAAUUACCACAUGGUAUCAUUAAAUGUGCGUAAAAUUGUCUUUUUGCACGAUAACGUAUAGUGCAUGUCGAUAUAUAAUAUUUGUCUAAAUGUCGAGAAAAAAUCGAAAAUUAAUAAAUCGUUAACCACAAUAAAAGUUUCUGUAAUUAAAUUGAAUUGUUGUGGCAAAAUUUAUAAAAAUAUGAUAUAUUAAAUGUGUAAUUAUUAAAGAUAACCAUAUUAUCAGUGAACUUGUUAACUGUAUUAAUAAUAUCGAUAACUGAAUGAACAGCGAAAAUAAAUCAUAAACCAUAAUGGAUGUGUUAACAAAAUUACGAAAUACUGUUAGCAAUACUAUUUCCAACACCGUUCAAAACACUGCUUACGGUUUAUCUCAAUUGUCAAACGUUCUUCCGGGUAAUCCAGUUACCAGAGAAUUUGAAGUAACUGCACACAUAGCAAGUGCAGGACCAUCGUUGCUUUGGAAAAUUUACAGCGGUUACAAGAAAUCUACGAAACAAGAGGCAGCAAUAUUUGUGUUUGAGAAACGUGUCCUUGACAAAUGUUCAAAGAAUGAAAAAGAAGUCAUUUUAGAAACUCUGAAAAGAGGUGUUGCACAAUUAACCAAAUUACGUCAUCCGCAAAUUUUAACAGUACAACAUUCUUUAGAGGAAUCAAGAGAUAGUUUGGCAUUUGCGACCGAACCUGUGUUAGCUAGUCUAGCUAAUAUUUUAGGAAACCAUGAUAAUUUACCACAACCUUUGCCAUCAGAUUUAAAAGAAUACAAACUGCACGAGGUUGAAAUUAAAUAUGGGCUAUGGCAACUUGGAGAAGGCUUUGCAUUUCUGCAUGGAGAUGUUAAAUUAAUCCAUAGAAAUUUAUGUCCGGAAUCUAUCGUUGUUAAUAGUCACGGAGCAUGGAAAAUUUUUGGAUUUGAUUUUUGUGCUUUGAACCAAAGUAUGGAAGGCAACCAACCUGUAUGGUCGUACGUAGAAUACGAUAUGUCGAAUUCAUCUGCUGUACAUCCAAACUUGAAUUACCAAGCGCCAGAAUGUAUUCUACAAAAUAGUAUUAGCACAGCCAGUGAUAUUUUCUCUUUUGGAAUGCUGGUAUAUGUUUUAUAUUCUCCAACAAAUGAACCUCUUCACGAGUCUAACAACGACUUUUGGAAAUGCAAAAAUUUUCUAGAGAACUUCACCGGUUCGAUAGUAGUUUCUAAACUUCUUCCAAUUCCAGAAACUCUUAAAAAUACUGUGAAAUUAAUGUUGAAUCAUGAUCCUAAAUUAAGGCCGGAUGCUCAUCAAUUUGUUAAGAUCGAAUAUUUCACGGAUAUUGGAGUGAAAACUUUAAAUUAUUUAGAUAAGAUUUUUCAAUGGGACAAUUUACAAAAAUCGCAAUUUUACAAAGGGCUACCGCAGCUUUUAAAGCAACUACCACACAGAGUUACACUGCAUAGGGUCCUUCCAUGUUUAUACAAGGAAUUGAUUAAUCCGCCAAUGAUCCCUUUCAUUUUACCGAGUAUACUAUAUGCAAUGGAGACCAGUUCUGUAGAAGAAUUCAGACAAUACAUAUUACCAAAUAUUAAAACCGUUUUGACGUUAGACGAUCCACCGCAAAUUAAUCUCGUAUUAAUGCAACACGUCGAUUUACUAUUAAAAUUAUGUACCACAGAGGUAAUAAAGACAGACAUAGUUCCAAUGUUAUUACGCGCUUUAGAAUCCGAAUGGGAACAGUUACAAGAGUUGUGUUUGUCUGCAUUGCCUAAUAUCAUAACAAUGAUCGAUGGGCCGGUGAUUAAAAAUGCAAUUUUGCCUAGAAUGAAAAAGAUUUGUUUACAUGGAAAAGGAAGUAACAGUAAAAGUCUUGGAGUCAGGGUCAAUUGUUUAUUGUGUCUGGCAAGAUUGUUACCUAAUUUUGAUCGAUGGUUGGUCCUUGAUCAAGUAUUACCUUUUCUACAAGAAAUUCCGCACUCCGGUGAACCUGCAAUUCUUAUAGCCAUUAUAGGUAUUUAUCGAAUAUUACUAAGUCACAGUAAAUUAGGAGCAAGUAAAGAAAUAUUAGCAACAAAGAUUUUACCAUUUCUAUUACCGUUGUGCGUCGAACAAAAUUUUAGUCUAUCGCAAUACGAAAUUCUUUCAAAUCUUGUGAUCGAAAUGAUAACUAGUGUAACAACAGAGCACAAAGAAGCUUUGAAGCAAUUAGAUGCAAUGCGUCGUGAAACUCAACAGCUCGACGAAGAACUUUCGCAAACUUCUAAUAUUUAUAAAAAGAUGAACUUAACUACCGAUAAUGCCAAUGUAAUUCCCACAAUUCCUGCGCCAAAUACAAACACAAAUGUAAAGCCUGUACAGAUUGAAAAUGGAUUGACAAUGGAAGAUAAGUUUCGAUUAAUUCAACAACAAGAGGUAUAUCAAAGACUGCAAACUCAACAACCAUUAAUGCCAACAGCUAUUCAACAACGUGCAAAACCUCAAAUAAAAGAUUUAACUGAUACUUUAUUACAAUCAAAUUUAGAUCAAUUAAAUCUUUCAAUAUCAAGUUCGAAAUCCAAUCAUUCCUGGAUACCUUCGAAUUCAAAUCCUCAACAAUAUUGCAAUCCACAAGGAAUGAAUGCAAAUCCAACUUGGAACACUAGUACUUGGAUUCCUAAUCAAUCAACGUUAAAUACGACUAUACCUCAAAAUAAUAUCAAUUAUCCUAUGAAUCAAGGAAACUUUUCAACUAAUCAAUUGGAGUUUAAUUCCAAUUUAAAUUCUAAUGCGAAUCAGAAGGUUGAAAACUUACCUUCACAAGAUAUACUCGAUUUGCUUAGUUAAUGAUUUUAAGAGCACAAGCUCAUUUGAUAUUCUUUAUUGUGUAUUAAUAACUAAUAUUUCUUAUAGUAGAAUAAAAUUUCUCCUUUUAGCCUUUUCUAAUUACAGUAAAACCUUCAUAUUCGUGGUUUCCGUAACCGCAAUUUGUUUAAAAAAAAAAAAAAGCAGUGUGGGUAUUAAAAAAAUUUUACGAAAUAUUCCAAAUUACACAAUUUUUAAAGAAUAAAAGUAUCGAAUACGAUGUUUUUAUGAAACGAAGUAUUAAAACUACAUAAAUAAUUAAAGAGACCAUUCUUAGAGACAUUCUUCAGUCUUUGUAGACUUUUCGAAGAGAUUCACAUUCAAAUACUAUUAUACAUACAUGAACAUCACAUGUAUUAUUCGUGUAAUUGUUAUAUGUUAUUAUUGAUUAUUAUCAUUAUUAGUUGUCUUAUUGUAUUUUAUAAGUAGAACCUCAUUAUAGGUAUAUAAUAUACAUAUAUGUAUAUACAGUUACUUCGAACCUAACACCGGCGGAUACGGAAGUUUCACUGUAUGUAUUUGUUACAUAUUUAAUGAAAUUUGAAAUACUAUGGAAAAUUAUGAAAUGUAACAACCUUAAAUUAUUCAUGUGAUUAUCUUAUUUCUAAAAUUGUGUAAAAAAAAAAUUCACAAAUUGUUUAUUUAUCUCGAUAUACAGUUCAAGACCGAACUCGUGGAACAUCGUUCGAUGUUAGUUUAAUGAUAUAAAAUAAUUAAAUAGAGCACGUAUUUGUAUAAACAUUUUUAUUAUUUCAUUUUUAUAUAAAACUUGUGUAUUGAAAUCGAUUCAAUGUUUGAAGUGCAAUGUUGUAAAUAUCUUGUAAAUAUAUAAAAAAAAAGUAUUAAAAAAUAUCAAAUUUUGUACAUUAUCUUUUCUCUGUUUCAUAUUAUGUAAUAAUUGUUGAAAUCAGAAAUGGCACAUGAUUUUAGAAACAAGGUAAUAAUAUUCAAUGAAUGCAAAAACCUACCAAUUGAUGUAUGCACAUAUCUACUAAUGAAUUGAUCACACAUGUUAUUUUUAAUAAUAUGUAUAUCUUCGAAAAUAUUUAAAAUAAGAAAAAUUACUGAAAUUGAAUACAAAAUCUUGCAUUUACUACAAAUUCUGAAGCACAGUGUAGGGUGUGUGUGUGUGCGUGUGUGAAAGUGCGUGCAUGUAUGUGUGCGUUAAUUGGAAAAAUUGAAAAAUACAUUUAAACCAAGAUAUACAUAAAUAAGGGAGGUAAACAUUUGUGUUUAUUAGUAUUGGUAAUGUUUAUUAGUAAAUGUGUAUGAAAAAUCAAAAAAUUAU